AUGGCCGAGACCAGAGAGUUGUGUAAGGACAUCAGGGAUGAAGUUGUCAUCCUGCACAAGGUUGGGACGGGCUACAGGACAAUAGGCAAGCAGUUUGGUGAGAAGGCAACAACUGUUGUUGCAAUUACUAGAAAAUGGAAGUACAAGACGAUGGCCGAAUCUCCCUGGGUCCGAGCUCCAUGCAAGAUCUCACCUCGCAUCAAUGAUCAUGAGGAAGAACCAAACAUCUCUCAUGAAUCUGAUAGCAAAGAUCAGAAAGGAAUAAAACGUAGUUUAACAUCAACCAAGGAGCCACAACAGCAGAUUCUGGCUCCUCCAGGUGAGAAGACAUUUUUGUCCAAAACACGUGGAAAAUAUUUCCAACAUAAAGAAAACUUGUCUGCCCACGUUAGAACAGCCCACAAGGUUGAUCAACCAUAUUUAUGCAGCACCUGUGGCAAAACAUUCACUCGGCCAGAAAGUUUGAAGUCUCACACAAGAAUCCAUACUGGGGAGAAGCCAUAUUCCUGCAUCACCUGUGGCAAAACAUUCACUUAUGGAUCAAGUUUAAAGUAUCACACAAGAAUCCAUACUGGGGAGAAGCCAUAUUCCUGCAUCACCUGUGGCAAAACAUUCACUUGGCAAGAAAGUUUGAAGUCUCACACAAGAAUUCAUACUGGGGAGAAACCAUAUUCCUGCAUCAUCUGUGGCAAAACAUUCACUCAGACAGCAAGUUUGAAGUCUCACACAAGAAUUCAUACUGGGGAGAAGCCAUAUUCCUGCAUCACCUGUGGCAAAACAUUCACUCAGACAGCAAGUUUGAAGUCUCACACAAGAAUUCAUACUGGGGAGAAGCCAUAUUCCUGCAUCACCUGUGGCAAAACAUUCACUCAGAGUGCAAGUUUGAAGUCUCACACUAGAAUCCAUAUUGGGGAGAAACCAUAUUCCUGCAUCACCUGUGGGAAAAAAUUCACUAAUGCAUCCAGUUUGAAGUAUCACACAAGAAUUCAUACUGGGGAGAAACCAUAUUCCUGCAUCACCUGUGGGAAAACAUUCACUCGGCCAGAACAUUUGAAGAAUCACACAAGCAUCCAUACUGGGGAGAAACCUUAAUCCUGUAUAAUAUGUGAAAGAUGUUUCAGAAGUUCUGGUAUCUUAAUUGUCCAUGUGAGAAAAAUCCAUACUGGGGAGAAGGCAUAUUCCUGCAUCACAUGUGGAAAAGCAUUCACUAACAGAUCAUAUUUGAAGUCUCACACAAGAAUCCAUACUGGGAGAUGCCGUAUUCCUGUAAAAUAUGUGACAGAGUUUUCAGAUUUUCUAGUAACUUAUUGCUCCACAUGAAAAGAAGCCACAAGGCUGAAAUGUCAUAAUUGCAACUCCUGUGAUGAAAUAUUCUGAACCCCGACUGGAUGAGCGAUGAAAUGAUUACUUGUAGAUUUGUCCAAUAAAACAAGAUUGUAAUAUCUUAUUUAGAUAGUUCUUCUUCAGCAACAACAUAGGGUAUUGUUGGAUUUAACUGUUUUUCUUUAAUCUAACUUGCUGUUAAAUGUUAAAGCAAAGAUUGUUCACUGCCAAAGAAUGUCAGCUGUAUUACCAUGAACAGAGUAGAAAUAUUUCAACUUGAAAGAAAAAACUAUUGAGUACAACUAAGACAUCAACACAGGAAAAGUGUGUAACAUGUUUUUUAUGAAUUACUAAUAUACUCUAUCUAUUGAUACAACCUUCGUGGGAACAACAAUUCAUGACUAAGGCAUCAUGACUAAAGCACAAGACACCUUCAAAACAAAUCAAUAUGAUUCACUAGU